AUGAGUCAGAAAAUACAACAACUUCAUUCCAAUUACUGCAUCCGGGCAUACUACCAAUACUUUCACGAUGCACACCCAUUACUACUUCCAUUACAAGUGCUGGAAGGGGGUCUAGGAACACAGCAUAUCCCUGAAAAAGUCAUCGCCGUAAUGCAAUACAUCGGCAGUCACUUUCUUACCACUAAUAGUAACACUACCACAGAGCAUGAAACAAGUAACCGUGGCCACAGGAGGAGAAUAUCAGGAUCGCUACCCGAACCAUCCCAGUCGCCCGGUAGAGAGGGCACCGCACAAAACGCCCUAGAAAGAGAGGCAUUCUCGUGCCUCUCGCGGCCCGAAGAAGACGGCUAUCAAGUCCAGUGCAUGCUCCUCCUCUCCAUCACCGCGCACGCCCACGGCAAUUUCCUCGAUGCAAUCCGCUUCAUCAAAUCUGCGACGAGUCUCGCACUCAAACUCGGUAUGCAUCGGUACUCGUUUUCUGUUGUGCAUGGCUACGGCUCGCCCUUGUUGGAGGAAAUGUGGCGGCGAUGUUAUUGGGAGCUGUUUGUUGUGGAGAGUCUCUUGUGCGCGUUGAUUGAGGAGAGUGCAGAGUUGUAUAGAGUUGCGUCGGAUGUGCCUUUGCCGUGUGAUGAGGGGAUGAUGGAUUUGCACAUAUACAGCUCACCGUCCCACGGACAAGACACAAUCCAGGACCUCCUCAAUCACUGCCAGAAUCGAGCCCAACUCGUCGACCCAUUACCUUCAUUCGCCUAUCGAAUAACCGCAGCCCACUUCCUAGGCUCAGUACUCUCUUCCCGGAACUCUCGCUACGACGACACAACAACGUCCAACCAGCUCGAAAGACUCUAUCCCCGAUUAAUGGAGCACGUAGACCACAAAUAUUCCAUUGGCGGCAUAAUCUCCCAACCCGACCACAUCGCGCAAAUGCUCUCUCAAUCAAAAGUCAUUGCCUGCUCGGCAAUGAUAUAUUUUUACCGGCAAACCUCCCAACUGACGCCUAUCAAACUGCAACGAAACUUUUUCUAUGACCAAUCAGCAUCGUACUCAUCGGGUAUAACGUCGCCUGUAUUUCCCAGCAGUUUUAUUCUACAAUCCAAACAUUCCCCCAACAGCAAUGAUUUCAAACACAACCCAACCUCCGACCCAUCCAGCAUGCACCUAAUCUCAACCGCAAAACAUCUCGCCACCCAACUCAACGACCCGCGUCUGGUCCGAGGCACAAGCCCCCUAAUCAUCGACGCCAUCGCAUUAGCCAUGCUCGUCGAAAUGGCCGCUUUACUCAUCCCAUCUCUUGACGCCACUCUCAAAGAAAGACUGGAAAAUGAGUUUGGGAAUUCGUUGGGAGUCCUGAAAAAGUUUGCGGCGAGAUGGCCCUUGGCAAAGACCGUCAGGGAUUUGUUGAUUGAUGAGUAUGAGAAUUUGUUUAGGCCUGAGAGGGCUCGUUGA